AUGGCGACGCCUGUGCGGACGAGAGUCACCUCGCCAUCAGACUACGUCAGCUCGCCAGUCAAGGUGACACUGCCGAACAAGUGGACGGAGAAGGAAGUCGAGGCAAAGGUCUUUCUCACUCGGCAGCAUGAGGUGUACAUGUGGAUUCAAGCGGCGUUGAACGCAAAGCUGGCAUCGGCUGAUCUGGCUACCGUGCUGAGGGAUGGCGUGACGCUCAUUGCCCUCGCAAAGGCUAUACAAGCUGAUCUGGUCAAGGAUGAAGAAGUCGUCAAUGUGCCUUCCAACGCCACUGAGCGCAAGGGCAACAUCCGCGCCUUUCUUCGCUUCUGCAGACGGCUCGCCAUUCCCAAGCGUCGCUGCUUUGCCGUCUCGGAUUUGUAUCGUAAGGCCAACAUGUACCGUGUCGUCAAUACCAUGCAUGUCCUUGCCGCCCUUGCUGUCCGCCGCGGCUUUCACACGCCGCUGGCAAAGAUCCAUCCAGAGGACAUCCUCUUCCCGCCCACCGUCCUCGCCGACACCGUCCGCUACCUUCGCGGCAUCGAUAAGUCGCACAUGGGCGGAACGACCAAGGAGAACCUGACCGCUGCCGCCGAUGGCCUUCCAGGCGUCUCGCAACACUCGCUUGCCUUUGUCCGCUCCGGCCUACCCGACAAGCACAUCUCGACCGUCGACCUCAACGCGUCCAAGCCCGGCGCGCGCCCGGCGCUCGUCCAUGUCUUUGACAUGGCCCUUGCCUACCAAGAGGAAUCACAGGAUGACGACCCGCUGCCGGACACUCUCUUCCACCCGUCGCCCACCCACCGCUAUGAGCCGGUCCAUCCGCUGGAAAUUUCCGCCGUCGCCAUCGCGUCGCCGACCAACGCUCCUUCCGCCAACGAGCCCGAGGACCUCGAUGCUCUGGUCGCCUCAGACCUUGACGACCCGAUCAUCGACGAGCUCGAGCUCUCGGGCAUUGACAUCGACGGCGCUUCCGAGAUCGAGACCGAGGACUUGGCGCUCGACGAGCUCCCGCUCCACCCGCCGGCUGCUGACCUGCUCGACCUCGACAACUCGUCGGUCUCGCCCGUCGCCGGCUACGAGCCCGACCUCGACGAUCUGGGCAUUGUUGUCGAGGACGUCGGAGCAGACGACCUUGAUGACCUCGGCUUGCUCGUCCUCGACGAUGAUGACGACAUACAUGUUGGUGUGCUCUCUGGUGAGCUUGCCGACCACGCUGACGACGUUCACCACAACUUUGCCCUCUCGUCCGACCACGCUGCCGACCCGGCCACAGCCUUUGAGCUCUCCGACGACGACAACGACGACGUGCUGCCCCAAGCUGCCGACCCCGACCUCGCCAGCCUGCCUCUCGUUGCUACUUCGGCCUCGGUCGCUGGCUUUGAGCUCUCCGAGGACACCCCUGCUGCAAUCAUGGACGCCUUUGCCAUCACGGACGACGACAAUGGUUCGCCCGUGCAGCAGGCGCCCGACUUUGCUCUCUCAUCCGAUGGCGACGACGUGCCUCCAACUCCCGCUGCUCAGGCCGCAUUUGCUGCCUUUGCGCUCUCGUCCGACGACGACGACGUGCCCAGCUCCGAACCGAGUGGCAUCCAAGUCGCUGUCGCGCUUUUCGACUACCAAGCCGGUGCCGAGACACAACUGUCGUUCAAAAAGGGUGACAAGCUGCGGAUUUACCAGGACGACGAAAACGGAUGGCUGGUAGCGCAGAUCGGUGAGGCGUACGGCUAUGUACCGGCCAACCGAGUCUCGCUCACGGGCGCCGUCGCACCGACGUCUGCUUCCGUCAAGGCCGCCGCUCCCAACCCGACUUCGCGCAUUGCGCAGCUGCAGGCCAUGCUCGCCGCACAGGGAGGCGCUGGCGGCUUGUUUGGCAAGCCAACGGCGCCGCCGUCGACAGGCGGUGCCAAGCCCACCGCCGCGCCCGCCCCGCUUGCCACAGUCACAGCGACACGCGCAAAGCCGCCCGCCAAACGCCAGCCGUCGCGCAAGCGUCGGACACGGACUCGCCGCUCUUGA